CUUUCUUCCAUGUUUCUCUUUCUUCCUUCUCCGAUGUUCUCUUUAUCCCUCUCCUUCUCUUUCUUCAUUCCUUUCCGGCUAACACAGCAAUAUCCUUGCCAAAAGACUUUGUGGUUUAUGGGUUUUCCUCAGCAAAUGGUAUCAUUAUCCAUACAGGAGAGAUAGUCGUGGAUUGCCCAAACAAGGACUGUCACCAUCUCUUAAUACCCUCAGUACCCAUGCUUCCCUUAAGUCCGAAUUACCCACUUGAUUGUUGCUUGUUGAGUUUUAAUUGGUUGAAUUGAUACCCCUGGUUGUCCGAAAAUUUUGUGAAAAUAGGAGGAAAUUUGGUAGCCUUAAAACAUGUGUUUUAAGCUUGAUUAAGUAGAAUUUAGCUUGAAUUGGGUUGUGGUGAUUUUGGAGUGAAAUCCCGUGAAUUAGCUAUGUUUGCCAAUUUUGGAAGUUGAGGUUACUGUUCACGGGUACUGUUCAUGGGUACUGUUCAUAGGCACUGUUCACACACCGAGGGUUAACGAUUAGCGGAGAUUUAAAGGUUUAGGUUGUGAUAUAAGAAUGAAUUUGGAGAUGUCCGAUUAUGUGGAGAUUGAUAGAAAUAGCACCGUGAUUAGGGGUAGUGUUAAAGAUGAUUUUACUUUGGAUUUUGUGGUAGUGCGGUAUUAACUUCGGAAUACUGUGAUUAGGUUUUGAUCGUUCUGUCGCCAUAGCACUUGGGUUAGCCUUCUGUUCUGUGCGAGUGAGGUAAGUAAAUCUAUGGUAAUACUCGUACAGUUUUUAAAAGCAUGUUUUGAUUUGUUUUGAAGUGGUGGCGGGACUAAACUCGUUUUACACAAGUAUGACUGAUUUGAAGUGGACUUUUUAUGUUUUUCAUUAAAUUGAGCAUGCCUACUUGGAAUUUAAUUGAUUGUCCUGAUGAUCUGAAAGUGAUUGGUGAAUUAUGAUUUUUCUGUUAACUUCAGCCUGUUUUGUCUCCGAGGUGGUUAUGUUAUUGAUGAACUGAGAGUUCUGUAAAUUUUGAGUUUUUCUGUUAAAUCCAUUCUCACAUGGAAAUUUUCCGAUUUAUUUCUGAAAUUGGAGAUUGAUUGUGAAUUUGGGAUUUCGAUUGUGAAUUGCGGAUUUCGACUGUGAAUUAUGGAUUUCUUUUGUAAAUCCUGCAUGGUUUUGUCUCUGAUAUGGUCAUGACUUCCGAUCCCCGCUAGUGGGUGUAACGUUAGCACUUCCGAUCCCCGCUAGUGGGUGUAACGUUAGCACUUCCGAUCCCCGCUAGUGGGUGUAACGUUAGCACUUCCGAUCCCCGCUAAUGGGUGUAACGCUAGUACAUGUCGACA